UGAGAGGAGGCUGAGGUCUGGGAAUAAAAGCAGAGCAGACACCAGAGGAGUCCAGCUUGGCAGCAGCCUGAGAGACAAACCUCCUCUCCAGAACAAGAGCCUAGCCCACAGCAGAGACUAUGGAGCUCACCUCAGCCCCUCUCCACAAAGCACAGGUCUUCUGGAGGGGACUCCUGCUCACAGCCUCACUUGUACCCUACUGGACCUCUCCCACCACUGCCCAAGUCACUGUGGAAGCAGUUCCAUCACAUGUUGCUGAAGGGGACAACGUCCUUCUACUUGUCCACAAUCUGCCAGCAACAGCCCCAUUUUUUCACUGGUACAAGGGGAAAAAUGUUGAUCAGAGGAAUGAAAUUGCACGAUUGGUAAUAUCCAGAGGUAAAAUAGAACCGGGGACUGUGUACAGCGGCAGAGAGAUAAUAUUCCCCAAUGGAUCCUUGUUCUUCCUGAAUGUCACUCAAAAAGAUGCAGGAGUCUAUUUGCUACGUGUGACUAUGAAAAACUUUGAUGAAGAGAAAGCAUCUGUGCAGUUUCAUGUAGAGGCCUCACUUGUAACCUAUGGGACCUCCAUCAACACUGACAAAGUCACUGUGGAAGUAGUUCCAUCACACAUUGCUGAAGGGGACAACGUCCUUCUACUUGUCCACAAUCUGCCAGCAACAGCCCCAUUCUUUCACUGGUACAAGGGGAAAAAUGUUGAUCAGAGGAAUGAAAUUGCGCGAUUGGUAAUACCCAGACGUAAACUAGAACGAGGGCCUGUAUACAGUGGCAGAGAGACACUAUACCCCAAAGGAUCCUUGUUCUUCCAGAACGUUACUCAGAAAGAUGCAGGAGUCUAUUUGCUUCGUGUGACUAUGAAAAACUUUGAUGAAAAGAAAGCAUCUGUGCAAUUUAAGGUUCACCCUAAUUCUCCAAAGACAUGGGGAAUCUCCAUCAGGUGGCUCUUCAAUGGCCAGAAUCUGGGCCUCAUGAACAGGAUAAAGCUGUCCCAGAACAACAGCACCCUAAGCAUAGACCCUGUCAGGAGGGAGGAUUCUGGAGUCUAUCAGUGGGAGGUAUCCAAUCCAGUCAGUUCCAAAAGGAGUGACCCCAUCCAGCUGGACAUAAUAGAUCCACUGACUCCACCCUCCAUCCAAGUCACCAACAACACAUUCAAAGGUAUGAUCUCUGUGUUCCUGAACUGCUUGUCAAACGACACUGGGAUUUCUGUCCAUUGGCUCUUCAAAGGCCAGAGUGUGGAGCUCACAGACAGGAUGAAGCUGUCCCACAACAACAGCACCCUCCAAAUAGACUCUGUGAGGAUUGAGGAUUCCGGGGAUUAUCAGUAUGAAGUAUCCAAUCAAGUCAGUUCCAAGAGGAGUGACCCCAUCCAGCUGGACAUAAUACAACCAGUGAUUAAACCCUCCAUCCAAUUCACCAACACCACGGUCAAAGACCUGACCUCUGUGUUCCUGAAGUGCUUGUCAGACGACCCUGGGAUCUCAAUCCAUUGGCUCUUCAAAGGCCAGAGUCUGAGGAUCACGAAUAGGAUGAAGCUGUCCCCGAACAACAGCACCCUCGAAAUAGUCCCUGCCAGGAGUUCGCAUUCCGGGGACUAUCAGUGUGAAGUAUCCAAUCAAGUCAGUUCCAAGAGGAGUGACCCCAUCCAGGUGAACAUAACAGAUCCACUGACUCCACCCUCCAUCCAAGUCACCAAAAACACAGUCAAAGUCCUGUCGUCUGUGUUCCUGAACUGCUUGUCAAAUGACACAGGGAUCUCAAUCCAUUGGCUCUUCAAAGGCCAGAGUUUGGAGCUCACAGACAGGAUGAAGCUGUCCCAGAACAACAGCACCCUCCAAAUAGACUCUGUGAGGAUUGAGGAUUCCGGGGAUUAUCAGUGUGAAGUAUCCAAUCAAAUCAGUUCCAAGAGGAGCGACCCCAUGCAGCUGGACAUAUUACAACCAGUGAUUAAGCCCUCCAUCCAAUUCAUCAACACCACAGUCAAAGACCUGACCUCUGUGUUCCUGAAGUGCUUGUCAAACGACACUGGGAUCUCAAUCCAUUGGCUCUUCAAAGGCCAGAGUCUGAGGAUCACGAAUAGGAUGAAGCUGUCCCCAAACAACAGCACCCUCGAAAUAGUCCCUGCCAGGAGUUUGCAUUCCGGGGACUAUCAGUGUGAAGUAUCCAAUCCAGUCAGUUCCAAGAGGAGUGACCUCAUCCAGCUGGACAUAAUAGAUCCACUGACUCCACCCUCCAUCCAAGUCACCAACAACACAUUCAAAGGUAUGACCUCUGUGUUCCUGAACUGCUUCUCAAACAACACUGGGAUUUCUGUCCAUUGGCUCUUCAAAGGCCAGAGUGUGGAGCUCACAGACAGGAUGAAGCUGUCCCAGAACAACAGCACCCUCCAAAUAGACUCUGUGAGGAUUGAGGAUUCUGGGGAAUAUCAGUGUGAAGUAUCCAAUCAAGUCAGUUCCAAGAGGAGUGACCCCAUCCAGCUGGACAUAAUACGUGAACAUCGACUUUCAUUACGGAGUAUUAUUGGCAUUAUUGCCCAAUGUGUGAUGGGGCUGAUUGCAGUAAUAUUUGUACUGGUUUUCCUGUGGCGCAGACGUCGUCGCAGGGAGCCACAAAUUGAGAACAAUGUUAAACAAGUGGACAAUAAGCCAAUGAACCUCAAUGAAACAUCAAAAGCAUCCUCAAAUGUGAAACCUCAAAAGGAAAAGAAGCCCGCCCCCCAUUCCAAUCUCCUCCAGGGCAAAGCCUUCCCCACAGACUGAUUUCAACCUGGUGGA